UUGCCUUCUUAUAAUUUUAAAAUAUAGUAGUCUCCCUACUUUGAUAAAAAUAUGGAGUUUCAAGUAUCUCAAGAUUUAAAAGAGCAGAUUAACAAUCUAUUGUCUUCACCUCCGCGUAUGAAGAAAUCUGAAACAAAAGACAGUAUUUCCUCCGUAGACAGCGAUGUAAGCCUUUCUUUCGACCGAAGAGGAUCCAAGAGCGACGAGGCCGACUUGUCAGAUUACGAUAGCGAGAUCAGGAUUGUAAAGAAGAAUGAUACUGAUCAAGAUUCGGGUGCGGAUUCUCUGGAUGAUGUUACAUCGAAAGAACUGACAGAGCAGAAACAAUUAAAUGUUAUAUCAUCGGAGUCUUUAAUAGAAUCAACGGAAUCAACGUUUAAGAGAACGACCAACGAUUUCGUGAUACCAAAUGAUGAGUUAGCUGACAAGAUAUGCGCUCAAGUGGAAUAUUACUUUUCUGACGAUAAUAUAAUAAAGGAUGCGUUCUUAUUGAAACACGUGAAAAGGAACAAAGAAGGCUACGUAUCUCUUAAACUGAUAUCCAGCUUCAAAAAAGUCAAACAUCUCAGCAGGGAUUGGAGAGUGGUCGGAGCGGCUUUAACGAGGUCUAAAAAGCUCGAGCUUAAUUCACAAGGGACUAAGCUGCGUAGAGUGAAUCCUUUACCACAUUUUGAUCAGACAGCUCCUUCUAGGACCAUUUUAGCGGCUGGAUUACCAAUAGAAAAAUUAACAAUCGAAUCUGUCGCUGAAAUUUUUAAGCCUUGCGGUGAGAUAGCAUUGAUAAGGGUGCUUAAACCUGGACGUCCAGUACCUCCCGAGGUGCGACAGGCAAUCGCUAAAAGGCCAGAAUGGGCCUCCAUCGAAGAAUACGCUAUGGUCGAAUUCACGGACUCAGCUUCUGCGCGAAUCGCCAUACAAAUGACUUUGGGUGACGUACAAGUAUUCGAAUUACGUCACUCGGUUGACAAGAAGAAGAAACAUCCACCUACGAAGAAAUGCCAAAUCCCAAAUAGAACAGUAAGAGAAGAUAAUCACAAUUCAUCGAGUUGUCCCAGUGGAUCUGAGCCCGAGGAUGGGAGAGUAAGGCUUAAAAGAGGUUUUCAAGGAUAUCCGAUGUAUCACGUCCAUAAUACGAGUUAUCCUUUCCAAGGUAUCAUGUCAUCAGAUGCUUGCUUAUCUCGUAAGCUCUCUUCCUGCUCCAUAUCCAGUUCCGAGAAUGGUUUUAUGUUUCGGCGUCUAUCUUCCUGUUCCGGUUCCAGCUCAGAUUCUGGUAGACGUUAUUCCACCUGUUCGUCUGGUUCCGAAUCAGCUUUUUUUCAUCCAAGUUACUCAAAGAGCUUCUAUCAUCAUGAAAAUCAUCGUUACUCUUGCUGUCCUUCUACCGGUCCUCCGAUGGAAUGCCGGGGAAUCUGCUAUAUCGCAAAUCGUCGUGGAUCGGCCGAUUGUGGACCAUUAUCAAGAAGACUCUCAACAUAUAAUCGCGAUUUCGAUAUGAAUAUUAGAAGAUCAUCCUUAUGCUCCUCAAAUUCGGAACAGAAUGUAUUCUAUAGAGCGAGGAGUAACAAUAGUAUCACGAUGACGCAUGUGCCUGAGAAUGUGACAAGAAUGCCGUCAGGACCCGAUGGUACUCGCGGAUUUUUCAUUCGUUCGACAAGGAUAUCAACGCCCUUAGAAUCUCAUUAAACCAUCAAGAGAUAUCAAGAGAUUCAUCGUUAAUGAUAAGAAGUCUGAGGGAAGAUAUCUAUUGAUAUUUAACGCAGCUGAACAAAUCGAGACAACAAUACAUUCAACAUCUCUCCUUAAAUCUACUUAUUUUCCGAUAUUAACAUUCGAAUUGCUCGCAUUUUGAGCAAAUGGCCUAGUUGUAUGCUGCGAUCCGAUUCACGCUCACAAUGCUUAAAAAUCAUUUUAUCCUUGUUGUUUGUCAAAUGUUAAACGAAAACAAAUGAUGCUCAUGAGCGUUGUCAGUAUGAAUCAGACCACAACCAUAAUAAUAUGAUAAGGGAUGUUCAUUAUGCCUGUUCAUCAAGAGGAAAAGAAGUGGGAACUAGGAGUUCAUAUUUCUAUAGUCCAAGAAACAAUCUUAUUCUGACAAAAAUGAAUUAGAAAAUGGAACAUAUUGCAAGUUCAACACUUGCAAAGAAUGUAAAACUUCGUAAAUAAAUAAUGAAAAGAU